AUGGAAGGGGAAAUUCACAAUUUCAUAGUGGUAUGGGCUAUUGUCUUAACAAGUUUAUGUUAUUGUCACACAAUUGUCAAAUUCUUUCCCAAUGGCAAGUCAAGAUUUGUGGCUAUAAUCCCAAUUGUUUGUCUAUUUUUCAUUCUUCCUCUUUAUCUUACCUCUAUCAAUCUUGGUGCCACUACUUCUUUUUUCAUUGCAUGGCUAGCCAAUUUCAAGAUUCUUCUUUUUGCUUUUGGUAAAGGCCCUUUGUCAUCAACCCCACCUCUAUCACUUUCAACAUUCAUUCCCUUGGCUUGUUUGCCUAUAAAGUUUAAAACAUCAUCAACUAAUACUACUCAAAAGAGUAAAAAUUCAACUCUAAAUCUUGUUACCAAGAUUGCACUCCUAGCCAUAUUGAUAAGAGUUUAUUAUAACUAUAAAGCCCAUUUGCAUCCAAAUAUUGUUCUCUUUCUAUAUUGUUUCCACAUUUAUUUCUCCCUAGAAAUAAUCUUGACCAUGGUUAGCACCAUGAUCCGAGUCGUAAGUCAAGUCGAGCUCGCGCCACCCUCUGAUGAACCAUACAAGACUAGCUCGCUUCAAGAUUUUUGGGGUAAAAGGUGGAACCUCAUGGUAACCAACAUACUCCAUCCGACCAUUUAUGUUCCAGUCCGGUCAAUGAUGGCGGACAAGAUAUCGAGGAAGUGGGCCCCACUUCCUGCCGUGCUCGCGACAUUCGUCGUCUCGGGGCUAAUGCAUGAGCUGAUUUUCUAUAAUUUUGGGAGACUAAAGCCUAGUGGAGAAGUCACAUGUUUCUUUAUCAUUCAUGGAGUGGCUUUGACAGUAGAAAUUAUGACCAAGAAAUUGUUGAAUGGCAAAGUUUUGGUUCCUAAAAUUAUCUCAGGGCCAUUAACAUUAGGAUUUAUAAUUUUCACAAGUUUUUGGUUGUUUUUUCCACCUUUUUUGAGGGGUAAAGCAGAAGUUAAAGCAUGUACUGAAUUUAUGGCUUUUUUAGAAUUUGCUAAGUGUGGUAAGCUAGUUAGUCCUACCAAUGUCACAUGCCCACUACUAUUAGACUACUACUAGUCUGUUUAAUUGUUGGAUUGUUAAUACAAG